AGACUAUGGCAUCCACAACGACUGGGUGCCCACGGAGUGGGUGCUGCCGUUCGACGUCGACGUGGUGCCCGGGACCGAGCUCCACGCCAUGUGCCGCACGGGCGAGUACAACGGCGCCGUCUGGGCCGGGGACGGGGUGAUCCACCACGUCUACCAGAGCUACAUGGCGUGGGGAGAGUGGCAGUACGCCACCUUGGAUGCCUUCGGCAUGAGGCGGAGCACGCGCCUGGCAGCAGUGGGCCGCCCUGGGUACCUGUCAAUUUGGUGGGCAGCGGACAAGAAGGUGAUGCGAAAGCACUGGGGCCUGCACAACGAUUGGACGCCGGAGGACGAGGAGAUAGACGUGGAUGUGAAUGUCAAGCCUGGGGACCGGCUGGUCGCGGCCAGCAGGCCGGACAAGUACGACGGCGUAUUCUGGGCAGGCAACGGCGCGAUCCACCACCUCUCCCACAACUCCACCGACUGGAAGAACUUCUCGUACGAGGUCUUCCAGGAGAAGGGCAUCAACGUGAACACCACGCUGGCCGCCUGCGGCCGACCAGGGUGGGUCGGGGUAUUUUGGCCUGGCAGCUCCAAGAUCCACCUGAAGGUCUGGGACGAAGCGUGGGGCAAAAAGACCCGCAGCAAGAACGCGUGGAGGCCGUCCCAGGAGCUGCCCCCGCUGGUGCCGGCCGAGCCGGGCAUGCCCUUGGCGGCCCUCUGCAGGGACGGCGAAUUCAGCGGGGUUGUCUGGGAGCGCUUCGGGCAGACGGUGCAGCUGUACCAGGAUCUGCUCGAGUGGGACAAGUGGAAGUUCUCACAGCUCCUGGACAAAAGCAAGCAGGACACCGCGAUCGGCACCUGCGGCAGGCCCGGCUUCUCGUCCAUGUACUGGUCCGGCCAGGGGAGGAUCCACUCCAGGCAGUGGGGCCUGCACACCAGCAACGGCCCCGCCGAGGCGACGCUGCCUCUCGAGGUCGACAUACAGCCCGGGACCCCGCUCUACGGCAUGACCAGGCCCGACGAGUACAACGGCGUCGUCUGGGCUGGUGACGGGAUAAUUCAUCAUGCUUGGGAGGACUACUUGAACUGGGGUGAGUGGAAGUACGCGUCCAUCCCCGCGGACAGCGUCACGGCGGCCACCCCGCUGUCUGCGACGGGGCAGUCCGGGUUCCUGUCCGUGUGGUGGGCCGGCCCUCGACAGGUCCGCUUCCUGCACAUGGGCAGCCACAACGGCUGGAACGCCGAGGUCGUGAAUCUGCACCUCGUCGUGCCCAUCGACGUCGGCAGAAAGGUGUACGCCUUCAGCAGGUCGGGAGAGCACAACGGUGUCAUCUGGGGCGGGGACGGCAUGAUCCACCACGUCUUCCACGACGCGAGCAACUGGAUCGAUUUCAAGCACGAGAAGCACGCGCAGGCCGAGAUCACGCCGCACACGCCGCUAGCGGCCUGCGGCCGGCCCGGAUGGCACGGAGUAUUCUGGGCCGGGCGAUCGCGCAUCCACCUGAAGUAUUGGGACGCGGCCAACGAGUGGAGGCCUGAGAAUGAGACCAUUCCUGUUGCGGUCAAGGUCGAGCCGGGGACGCGUUUGUCCGCCAUGUGCAGGGAAGGCGAGUUCAGUGGCGUCCUCUGGGACGUUGCCAACAAGACGCAUCACUUGUACCAAGACCUCUUGGACGGUGGCAGGUGGAAGUACGAUCAAGUCGAGGCAAAGGGCGACUCCGACAUCGUGGUCUGGAACUCAUGGGU